AGUGAUUUGACAACAUAAACCAGAUUCUUCUCGUCUUCCCCCCUUUCAAGAGAGAGAGAGAGACGACGAUAAUACACAUACCACAAACAUUGCAUUGACCCCCUUCCCUUUGAUAUUUCAAUCUACAAUUGUUGUUCUUCAUUUUUCUAUUCAUAGCUUAUACUGAAUUCUGUUGGAAAACAUUCUUCAAUCGGCAAAGCUUCUUGAUUGGAGAAACUUGAAUCAAAACGACGAUGAAGACUCCCUUCAUAAAAGUGCGUGGACUGGGGCUACACAGGGACAAUAAACGUGACCGCCAAGCUAUUCAACGAUCUCUAGCUCAAUUAGAUGAGCUCUCUCAGGCUUCUCAGGAUAUGCAAGACAUGAGAGAUUGCUAUGACAGUUUACUAUCGGCUGCAGCAGGCACCACGAACAAUGCAUACGAAUUCUCGGAAUCAUUACAGGAAAUGGGUGAUUGUCUUCUUGCAAAAACCGCACUAAGUGAUGACGAAGACAGUGGCAGAGUCUUGCUAAUGCUGGGAAAGGUGCAGUUUGAUAUCCAGAAGCUGAUCGACAAUUAUCGAUCACAUAUUUCUCAGACAAUUACAGUUCCUUCAGAAUCUCUUCUCAAUGAAUUGCGUGUAGUUGAGGAAAUGAAAAAGCAAUGUGAUGAGAAAAGGAUGACAUAUGAAGUAAUGAAAAAACAAUAUGAAAAGGGAAGGUCGAAAAGCAGUAAAGGAGAGUAUGUUUCUUCUCGCCAGCUGCAAUCAGCUCGGGAUGAAUUUGAUGAGGAGGCUACCUUGUUUAUACUUCGGAUGAAGUCUUUGAAAAGGGGGCAAUCUCGGAGUCUUCUAACACAGGCUGCUCGACACCAUGCUGCUCAGAUGUGUUUUUUCAGGAAGGCCCUCAAGUCUUUGGAAGCAAUUGAGCCACAUGUUAAAUCGACCACUGAACAGCAGCAUAUUGAUUACCAUUUCAGUGGGCUUGAAGAUGAUGAUAGGGAUUCUGUUUUUCUUACUGAUGAUGAAAAUGACGAAGACGAAAGUGAUGAUUACUAUGAUGGAGUUGAAGAUGGCAGGAAUGUUCAGAAGAAUGAAGUUUCUAGCUCAGGAAACUCAAUGGAGUUGGAUAAUGAAGACCUUACAUUUCCGAAAAUUGGUUCUGUGAACUCAACACAGACAAAUACGUACAGAAGAACUUUCUUGAACACAGGAAGCAAAUCCGCUCCACUUUCUGCAGAGACUACUUUUGAUCCAAAUGAAAGGUAUCGGCCACGAAAGCUGAACACGUAUGUUCUCCCAACCCCACUUGAGAAGAGUUCAGCUCCUUCAAGAACUGAAACCCAACAUCCUCAACAGAUACCACCAACUAAUACUAAUAUGUGGCAUUCAUUGCCAUUAGAACAGAAAAAUUACGAAAAUAUUUUCAAAAAGGAAAACAAUUCACGACCAAUUGUCUCAAACGAUAGUAAACCAACUCCAGUAGCAGAAGCACCCUCCUCGGUGCAACUUGAUUCAGGUCCUGCUUCUACUUCCAAGAAAAUCAAAAGAGAUGUUUUUUCUGGACCGUUGAUGGGUAAAAUCAAACGAGAUGCUUUCUCUGGUCCAUUGAUCGGUGGGUUUCAGUCAAAGCCCCUGUUGUCUACUAGUGGUUCUAUUGGAUCAACAACAAACCAUCUGCCUUCUUCUGCUCCUCCCUUCCGCACUACAUUGACUCAGCCAUCGGAAGUUCAUGUUAGUUCUGUACCGUUACCUAUGAUCAGAGAACUCCACGAACUCCCAAGACCUCCUCCUGCAAAUAUAGCCUCUAAUAAAACUUCAAAAGUUGGCUUCUCGGCCCCCUUGGUGGCAUACAAAGGCGAUAUUGAUGAUUCAGCAGCAGCAUAUACGCUUCCAUUACCGUCCUCAAAAAGUCAAAGAGAAACUUGGAAGUUAAGGGGAGAUGAGUCACCUCCUCUAUCACCAAUCACCUUUAGAAACUUCUAGUUCUAGUUGCAGUCCACCUUGUUGGAUUAUAGGUAUAUAACUACACUUUUAUUUAUAUCUUCCACAUGUAUAUGUUUUAUAUAUGACAUAUGGUAGAAUCCAUUACAGGAUUACUUAAAAUUUUAACUAGCUUUAUAGCAUUUCAUGGAAUAGCACUCUCUUGGUUUUGUGGGC